AAGGAUACCCCAGCAUGACAGGAAACCAUCCCACCAGCUGGUCCCUCUGCCUCUGGGAGUUGGCCUGCAGUCUGAGCAGAGUAUGGCAACCUGGGCUGGACUGGAACUAGCCCACACUCAUGCUUGUGUCUGGCAAGGGUGACCUGGGGGGUCAUAGCCAAGUGCAAGCGCUGGUCCUUGCUCCCUGUGGUCAGACAACACCCUUGUCUCUGUUCCUGCUGAUCGCAGAAAGCCGGUGGUGCUGUGGGUGUGCACCGUCAGGGCUGUGGCCAUGGCUUACACCUGCACAGUGCUGAGCCCGCUCAUGUACAUCUUGAUCAGCCGGUCCCUCCAGGCGGGGCGCGGGACGCGGGCGUAGUGGAUGCUGCCGGAGAUGUAGCGGAAAGGGGCACCGUCCUUGCGGAAGCAGUUGUGUUCGUAAUCCAGCUGGAAGGAGCGUGCCGAGGGGGAGGCCUACAGCAAAGGGGCAGGGUUGGAGAGCUGCAGAGCCUCUCCGAGCCCAGCCGCCCCUUCCAUGCUUCCUGGGACAGGCACUGCUGGGGCUGGCUCUUGGAGGAGCCCUCCCCCGAAAGAGGUGGCGAUGGAAAACUCGGCUGUAGCUCUGAUUGGAGUGCUGCUGCUGGACGAGGGAAAGGAAAACGUCCCCUAUAGCUGGAGCUGGUGGCAGAGCUGGUGACAGGGGUGUCGGGAGGUGCUGCAGGACUGGAGGAGCCCGCAGCAAGGGGAGGGAUGGCAGCUCCCGGGCAGCGGGAGGCGGUGCCGCCCCGCCCGGCGGUGACGCGGCGGGUGGCGGUGACGCGGCGGGUGACGCGCGGCGGCGGGCGAUGACGCGGACGGGCGAUGGGGCAGACGCUGUGCGUCUGCUCCCGGGGCACCGUCAGCCUGGGGGGAGCGCGGUACCUCCUGCUCCACCGCCUGGCAGAGGGAGGUUUCAGCUAUGUGGACCUGGUGGAGGGGCUGCGGGAUGGGCGCUUCUAUGCCCUGAAGCGCAUCCUGUGCCACGACAAGGAGGACAGGCAGGCCGCCCUGCACGAGGUGGAGAUGCACGGCCUCUUCGACCACCCCAACAUCCUGCGCCUGGUGGCCCACUGCAUGGUGGAGAAGGGUGCCAAGCACGAAGCCUGGCUUCUCCUGCCCUAUGUGAAGGGGGGAACUCUCUGGAGAGAAGUGGAAGCACUGCGAGAGAAAGGCACCUUCAUGCCAGAGCAGCGGAUCCUCCUCAUCCUCCAUGGGAUCUGCCGUGGGCUGCAAGCCAUCCACAGCAAGGGCUAUGCACACAGGGACCUCAAGCCCACCAAUGUGCUGCUGGAUGAGGAUGACCAGCCUGUCCUGAUGGACCUGGGCUCCAUGAACCAAGCUCGCAUUGAAGUCAGCAACUCUCGGGAGGCCAUGGCUGUGCAGGACUGGGCUGCCCAGCGCUGCACCAUCUCCUACCGUGCCCCCGAGCUCUUCACAGUGCCGAGCCAGUGCGUCAUAGAUGAGCGUACGGAUAUCUGGUCCUUAGGCUGUGUGCUGUACUGCAUGAUGUUUGGAGAGGGCCCCUAUGAUGCCAUCUUUCAGAAGGGUGACAGUGUGGCCCUGGCAGUUCAGAACCCCCUCACACUGCCCUCCACAACCAGAUACUCGGCUGCCUUGCAGCGCCUGCUCUUCUCCAUGAUGACAGUGAACCCCCAGGAGAGACCCAGCAUAAACGAAAUCCUCCACCAACUGGAGGGGCUGCAGCCAGCACCAGUGGGACAGGACACCACACAGAUCUGAGCCCAUCCCCUUCCAGUGGUGACAUGUCCUGAGGCUGAGCCAGGGGAAAAGCAGCUGCCCUUAUGCCUGCUGCCCUGCAGACCUGUUGCAGAGGGGAUUGAUGCCCUGGGGGAGAGCUGCUGCUCUGUGCCAGAGGUGUGUUGGGUUUGGAGUGUUCUGUGCCCUGGAUGCUGCUGCCUGGGCCUUGGUCUGUGCCCCUGAGCUGUGGAUGUGAUCUGCUGCUAAACAUGGGUCCCUUGCCAGCUGCUGCCUUCCCUGGGGGUGGCAGAAGAGGAUGUUGUGGGACCCCUCCUGGGGAUGGGAGCUGCUGUCCUGCGGCUCUGUGUCCCAGGAAGGUUGCUCCUGCCCGGGGCAGAGCUGCAGGCCGGAUCCCGGUGCUGUGCUGGAGGGAGGCAGAGGGAGUGCCCACUCUGCCACUGCUCUUGGCACCGAUGCUGCCUUGUGUUUGAAGUAAAGUAUGUUCUUGCGGA